UUCCUUCCUUUUUUUUUGAACUUUCAACUUUGACCUUUGCACCUGCACAUUACUUUCCAAGCUUCAAGCAGCUCUCCCACGAGGAAAGCUUUACACGUUUCCCACCCGCAACCAGCCAUAUCCCGUUUUAAUAGCACGGAUUGAGGAAGAUAUGCCGAUACCGCUAUGGCGGUCUGUCAAUGGAAUAACGGUUCCAGUAACGAUUACUAGUGCAAAGCAGACUGGGGUCAACCUUGGCUCAACGACCACCGAGUCAGAUACUUCCUUUAAUGAAACAUCACGAUCAGAGGUAUAUGUCGAUACAAGCCCAAGACUGGGGAGGAAAGCACGCAAACGACGUUCCGAGCUCAAUAGAUUGCGACAGUCACCAGGUCAACAAGUUUCCGUACCAGAGCUUGUACCAAUAUUACCACCAGCCGUGCAGGAUAGAGGCAAAACGAAAUUUGAAUGGACUGGUCUUCACAACAGCGUCAAAAUGCAACUUCCAUUUAGGAACCGACCACGCUCCCCGCCGCGACAGCUACCCACUCCCCUUUCCAUUCCUAAUGCCGUGACGGUCAGCACGGAUGCAUCGCUCCGUUCUCCUGCCUCCGGAUACCUGUCAGAUUCAUCAAUAGUUGUAGAGACAACCUGGGCAGCUGAGCAGGAAGCUUGGAUAAUUGGCGAUGAGGACCACAAGUACUUGGAAGACUUACCGGAUCUAGGGUUCGACGUGGAGACGCCAUUGUCCAUCUCUCGCAGGGAAUCAAGGGGGGAAUCAAUGAUAUCAAGUACCUCACAAGCAAACUCUGACAACACGAGCAAGAUGUAUCAUUUAUCGAUCGGCGAACAUCUGGAUCGAGAAGACACCCUACACGAUAUGCAGCAUAAUAUCUCACGGCCGAGCGCGCAUAGAAAUUCAGGAUCUAUCAAAGAGGACCCAUUUGUGAUUUUGGAUCAAGCAACUCAGGAAGAUAUGGACGUCGACGAUUCGGCCGAUGAGCUGCGAGAUGUCCCACCAGUGGCGACAGACACGAUAAAUCAUGAACUGCCAAGUUACGAGAGCAGCGACGAAGGGUGGACGUAGAUGGUGCGUCUCUCUAUCGGAAUCGGUCUUCUACCUGAAAUCAGAGCCGUGCCCGUAUUUCCUACGGGACGGACUGGUAAGAUGGGCUUGCAGAGUAAUAUUAGAUAUCUCAAAGGUGGGCAGAGUAUUGAAAAAGAAAAGAAACAUGAUUGGCCCGCAUGGGAAAUUGGCAAUUUGAAUCAGAAAUAGCAGUAGGAUAUCAGUAGCAAUGAUCAAUAAAGCAC